AUGUGCCUGUGGUUUCAAUGUUUCGGCGAGGAGGAGCAGACGCCGCAAGAGACGACAGAGAAGCUGAAGCCAGAGGAGGAGAUGGGCGUCGUGCGAGGGGCAUCGAAGUGGAAGAAGGGGCGGCCCCUCUUUGAGCAUGGCAACUACAGCAGCUAUUACGGGUACCGCCACGCUCCUGGGCAGCGGGGAGACAGCGACCGAAGACUUUUGGAUCUUACGGAGAGGUUCGGGAAGAGCUUCUUCAAAAAGAAAGAAGUCCUUGACAUCGGAUGUAAUGCUGGCCUGGUAUCCUUGGCCGUGGCCCGCGAGUUUCAAGCCCGGAGGGUGGUUGGGAUGGACUUGGAUGCUGAUCUCAUCGAAGCUGCCGAAGCCAAUUAUUCAUGCGAGAUGGACAAACUGAAAGGCAUGGUGGAGUUCCGUCGAGAAGAUAUCCUUAGUUGCCCUCUGCGGCGUGGUGAAGAGGCGAAGCCUGAACGAUUCGAUGUUGUUCUGUGCCUGUCGGUGACCAAGUGGGUGCAUUUUGCUCACGGCGACACCGGGAUCCACAACCUGUUCAAGCGAUGUUUCAAACGGACGAGGCCAGGUGGUUACUUCGUCCUGGAGCCGCAGGGUUGGGGAAGCUACAAAAAGAAGCGCCACAUCACUCGGGCCAUCCGGGACACCGUGGCUUCCAUUGAAAUCCGCCCAGAGGCCUUCGCCGAGUAUCUUGUGGGCCUGGGCUUCGAGAAGGUAGACGUGAUCGACCCUCCAGAUGAUCUCCCGAAGAACUUCCAGCGCCAGCUUCUCAUAUUCAGACGCCCUGAGGAAGAGGCCGCGGACGAUUCGGCUGAGCAGUCGCACAAGCGUAAAGCGGUGCAGAUCUCUAGCUGA